AUGGAGGGAGCCACACCCGUUGCCUCACCUAAUUCUUUGUUUUAUAACACAGAAAGAGAGCUUGAAAGCCUACCCCAACAAUCACUCAUUCAGUCUAUAAAUGUGCAUUACGGUGAAAGACCAAAUCUUAAGAGAAUGUUGUUUAAGCAAAAAGAAUCAAGUGUUGGAGUUCUUGUUUGUGGACCAAAAAAGAUGAGGCAUGAGGUUGCAAACAUAUGUUCAUCAGGGGUUCUAAAGGUCAAGAUUUUGAAUUCAAUUCUGAUAAGGUUUGAAAAUGGAAAUGUGUGUCUAUCUAUGUAUAGGAAACAAGGAUUAAAUCUUUCCAUUUGA